AUGUCUGACUACGAUGGAUCUGUCUCUCUCGGACGUAAAAUGACUCCGGAGGAAACUCGGGAAAUCAAGAUUGUCCUCUUGCCCUAUUUCCACGCGUCCGGAUCUCUCGAUGAAGAUAUUACUGAUUUUUUGGAUUACACCUUUGCCAUGAUUUCAAAUGACAAGGCUGUGGAAUACAUUGUCCAAGAAUUGAUUGGCAUGGAAAUGGAAUUCUGUAACGAAGAAGUAGCACACAAGGUUGGAGCAGAAAUUUCCAAAUUUGUGGUUCAGCUUUUGAACGGAAAAAACGAUCAGGGUGAAGAAAAAGAACAGGAGGAUGGUGGAGAUUCUGGAGAGGGAUCUGGAAGUCGUGUUGUUUCAAUCAAGUCCAAAGAAGACAAUCCUUUGACCAUGGCAGGUGCCUUGGGAGCCUCUCGUGAGCGAGGAAGCAAAGGAAACAAUAACAACAAUAAGGAAAAGAAGGAAAAGAAAGAUAGGGACAGCAGUCCUAAACGCCGGGAUGGCAAAGGCAAAUCAAGACAAGGCGAGGCCUUUGAUCGUCUAGCGCGCGGAGGACGUGGAAAUCGCGACCGCAAACGAGAUGAUCACAAAGACGAUAGAGGGCGUGGCGACGAUAGAGGACGAGGCCGAGGCCGUAAUCGAAGAGAUGAUCGCAAAGACGAUCGUCGAGGUCGCGAUCGUGAUGAUGGUGACGACCGUCGCAACAAGAGAAGACGAGAUGAUGGCGACGACGACGGAGAAUUCUAUCCCAUGGAAGGAGGCCGUGGCCGUGGCGGUAGGGGCCGAGGUGGACGCGGCCGUGGACGCGGUGGCAGAGGUCGUGAUGGCGGAGACAAAUGGCAACGCUAUGACGAUGGGUAUGCAGCUGGUGGAUAUGAUGAAGGCUAUGGUGGAGGCUACGAUGAUGGCUACGGUGGAGGCUAUGAUGAUGGUUAUGGCGGAGGCUAUUAUCAACAUGGAAGAGGUUAUGGUCGCGGUGGACGUGGACGAGGCCGUUUUGGCGGACGGGGCCGUGGAAGAGGCCGAGGUGGUCGAGGAGGCUAUGAAGGAGGAGGUGAAGGUGACGAUAGUGCACAAAUCACUGGCGGAGAUAAUGCCCCUGGAGGAAGCAACGAAGGUGCUGAAGGUGUUGCCGAUGCCACUGGGCACCCUUCUCCCAUGGUCCAAGCCAAUUUUGGUGGACGCGGAUAUGGAGGACGUGGGCGCUUUGGUGGACGUGGCUUUCACCGAGGAGGCCGCUUUGCAGCUGGCCGUGGAAGGGGUAGAGGAAGAGUUACGUCGAUGAUUCAAUCCAAAACUUGGGUUCGCAAAAAGGAUGGCGACUCUGGUGAUGGUGGUGGUGGUGAUGCCCCAGCUGAAGGUUGA